AUGGAGCAGCUAGAGAAGAUUAAUUUUCGCUGCAAACCGACUUUCCGAGAAGGAGGUUCCAGAUCUCCAAGAGAAAACUUUGUCCGACACCACUGGGUGCACAGGCGGAGGCAGGAGGGGAAAUGUAAGCAGUGUGGAAAGGGCUUUCAGCAGAAAUUCUCCUUCCAUAGUAAAGAGAUUGUGGCCAUCAGUUGUUCCUGGUGCAAGCUGGCGUUUCAUAAUAAAGUCACCUGUUUCAUGCUACAUCAUAUUGAGGAGCCAUGUUCCCUUGGGGCUCACGCUGCUGUCAUUGUGCCUCCCACCUGGAUCAUUAAGGUGAAGAAACCUCAGGUGGUCUCCAUACCAGGAGACGAGCCUGAUUGGGCAGGAGACUGGAGCCCCGAAGGGGAAACGGGCGUCUCCUACCCCUAUUGGGAGGGUUGGCAGAACUCAUUAAAGACUUCAACACGGCGAAAGAAGAGAACGUCUUUCAAAAGAAAAGCCAGCAAAAGAGGCAAUGAAGAUAACAAAGGUCGGCCAUUUGUGAUAAAGCCUAUCUCCUCUCCACUCAUGAAGCCGCUGCUGGUUUUUGUCAAUCCAAAAAGUGGAGGGAAUCAGGGCACCAAGGUUCUCCAAAUGUUUAUGUGGUAUUUGAAUCCACGACAGGUCUUUGAUCUCUCUCAGGAAGGGCCAAGAGAUGCGCUGGAGCUGUACAGAAAAGUGCCAAACCUGCGGAUCCUGGCCUGCGGCGGGGACGGGACGGUGGGCUGGAUCCUUUCCAUCCUCGAUGAGCUGCAACUCAGCCCCCCGCCUCCUGUGGCCGUCCUUCCGCUUGGCACUGGGAAUGACCUUGCCCGCACCCUCAACUGGGGUGGGGGUUACACAGAUGAGCCAGUGUCCAAGAUCCUGUGCCAUGUAGAAGAUGGGACCAUUGUCCAGCUGGACCGCUGGAAUCUCCAGGUUGAGCGCAACCCUGAUUUGCCACAGGAUGAGCUGGAGGAUGGGGCACGUAAGCUUCCACUCAGUGUCUUCAAUAAUUACUUCAGCCUUGGAUUUGAUGCACAUGUUACACUGGAGUUCCAUGAAUCUAGAGAAGCAAAUCCAGAGAAAUUCAACAGCCGAUUUAGAAAUAAAAUGUUUUAUGCAGGGGCAGCCUUUACAGACUUUCUGCAAAGAAGCUCAAGAGAUUUAUCCAAGCAUGUUAAAGUUGUGUGUGAUGGUACAGACCUGACUCCAAAGAUCCAGGAGCUGAAGUUCCAGUGUAUAGUGUUUUUAAACAUACCCAGGUAUUGUGCUGGCACAAUGCCCUGGGGAAACCCUGGAGAUCACAGAGACUUUGAGCCUCAGCGCCAUGAUGAUGGCUACAUUGAAGUCAUUGGGUUCACCAUGGCCUCACUGGCUGCUCUCCAGGUGGGUGGUCAUGGAGAGAGGUUGCAUCAGUGCCGUGAGGUGACACUUUUAACGUACAAGUCUAUUCCCAUGCAAGUGGAUGGCGAACCAUGUCGAUUGGCUCCCUCACUCAUUCGAAUCUCCUUAAGGAACCAAGCCAACAUGGUGCAGAAGAGCAAGAGGAGAACAUCCAUGCCUUUGCUGAAUGAUCCUCAUUCCAUCCCAGAUCGCCUGCGGAUCAGAGUGAACAGGAUUAAUUUACAAGAAUAUGAGGGGCUACAUUACGACAAGGAAAAACUCCGGGAAGCUUCCAUUCCCCUGGGAAUUAUAGUGGUACGAGGAGAUUGUGACUUGGAGACCUGUCGUAUGUACAUUGACCGUCUACAAGAGGACCUACAGGCAGUAACUUCUACUACACAGAGAGUUCAUUACCAGGACCAGGAAAGCUCUUUCCCCAGAGUACUUUCUGUUCAGAGGCUCUCUCCUAGAUGGUGCUUCCUAGACGCAACUUCUGCUGAUCGUUUUUACCGCAUUGACAGAUCUCAGGAACAUUUGCACUUUGUGACGGAAAUUUCGCAGGACGAGAUUUUUAUUCUGGACCCAGAGCUGGUAAUGUCACAGCAGGUGGGGACGCCACCAGGAAAGGCCUCUGGAAUAUCAGAUCGGUGGAACCCUGCGGUUCGAAAGAGGAUGCUGAGCGACAGCGGCCUCGGCAAGAUUUCCCCACACUACGAGGUACCUGACAAACAAAAGGACGCCAGCCAGACACAUAUGCUGCAGUCACCAGUCUCUUCAGAAGACCAAGCACUUUUACAGGCAGUCAUAGCUGGUGAUCUGCUGAAGUUCAUAGAAUGCUGUAAAAAAGGAGCCAACUUGUUAAUCCAAGGACCUGAUCACUGCUCCUUGUUGCACCAUGCUGCCAAGACUGGGCAUGGCGAGAUUGUGAAAUACAUCCUGGAGCAUGGUCCAUCUGAAUUACUGGACAUGACAGACAGUGAAACGGGUGAGACAGCCCUACAUAAGGCAGCCUGCCAGCGCCACCGUGCCAUCUGCCAGCUCCUGGUGGAUGCGGGAGCCUCUCUGAGAAAGACGGACUCCAAGGGUAAGACCCCUCGUGACAGGGCUCAGCAAGCUGGUGACCCAGAUCUGGCCUCCUACCUGGAGAGUCGACAAAACUACCAAAUGGUUUCCCAUGAGGAUCUGGAGACAGCAGUCUGAUGUCUGAAAACAUUGAAGAGGAUCCUUGGAAAUCACAAGGCUGCACCUGAGGCACUCGGGCAUCAUGUGAGGAAGAAGCUGAUGGAAUCAACGUGUCUCUCACUCUCGUGGAAAAUACCUGAGGACAUGCCACCAGUUUCUAAGGGCUACUGAGUCUUGCCACGGAACGGUUAGGUUCCAUAAGUUAGCCCAUGAUGGAUGAGGCGGGACACUCAAAGGUCUGUGGAAUCCAUGGGCCAGGAAAUUUACCUUUAUUGCUUCCAGCAAGUAGCAUGAACUUCUCCCAUGUUCAUCUGUACAAUUUAUUUAAAAAAAAAAAGGAAAGAGAAAAGAGGGUGUGGGGGAACCAAUCUAACUGGGACAUUAAAACACCCAACCAGGCCUUCCUCUAUCCCUACAGUUUCCUGCAUUCCUUUUACUCUCCCAUUCCCCUCACUUCUUAUCAGUUAAAUAGUACCUGUUAU